ACGAACAAGCAAAAAUUCGCAGAAACCACAACAAAUCCGCCAAACACGCGUCUUCUCGGCCCCGAUCAGCAUCCACGACAGUCGGAUCUCUCGCUCCGACUCAGACCAUCACAUAGACAAGAAAACAAAUAUAACAAACAGAGGCAUUUACGGCAAUGUCGUCUGCACUUUCUCAGCGGCGAUCGGCCAGGUUACAAGCGCGACGCAGUCGACAGGUCUCCGGAUUGAUUCGUCAACCGUCAGAGGCCGUUGCGGAUUCAAGUCAGACCGCUGUCUCGCUGGCGUCGAAGGCGAAUGCAGAUGUCCCGCUUUCAACUGCUGCAGAGCAGAAGGCAAAGGACAGCGUGAUUGAGUACACAAAGAAUUCAAAGUACUGUGUACUUAAGCUACCAGCGCUCCCAAAUAUUCUCAAGACUUCAGAAGAUUUUACUCUCCACGGUUAUCUAGACUCUGCUACAGACUUUGCCCUCUUGAUCUCGCCUGCUUCCGCAUACGUCUGGCGCUACAUCUCCCCAGAUCGUCUACCGGCAACAAUAUCCUUCCCUAUUUCCAACGCAACAGGAACCCUUCCCUUAGGCGUCCUGGUCUCACCCUCUGCAGGAAGCGAUGAACCAGGACUGGUUCUCGUCAACCCGCUCUCUGGCCAAAUCACCUACUGGGAGGCCGUUGGCGGCGUCGUUGCCGAAGGUCUUUUACAUCGCAAGAAGGGCGUCGAGGCGCUGAUCAGCCUUUACCAGGGCGAGACUCUAGAGUAUCUGCAAAAUAUAGAGCCCGCCGGCGUGAUUGUUGCUACUAGUUCCGGUCGAUUCGUUCUGGUUGCCUUGCACGACGCCGCUGGACGACCGGGGAUCACAUGCACAGGAAUGCGUGGAUCCGGCACGGGCCUGUGGAGCAAUCUCAAAGGGGUGCUUAAAUUUGGCAGCACGCGACGAGAUCUUGUGGCGAUCAAGCCGGGGAAGAUUAUAGGGCGUGGAGAGCGCAUGGUGGUUACGGCGAAUGUCAGAGGUGCAGUCACUCUCUGGCAGUGCUCUCGAAGCGCACACUACGAACUGAUGUUUGAGAUGGAGCUCAAGGAUCAGCUGCUCCAGUCGAUUGACGGUGUUUACCCACGAGCAGAGCAGACUUUCCAAGUCCACGACAUCGAGAUGCUACCGGACGACGAGUCUACGGGAUUAAUCCUGGCCUCGUUCAUAUACAACGAAGACUCUGGCCUCGAGCAGGUCUAUUACAUUUUGUUCACUGUCUCGCUCGUCACCAAUGACUUCCGCAUUAUCUCGGCCCAUAGAAUCACAUGCUACACUUCUCCGUCCUCCCAGCGACCUCGACUGCUUCUUCCCAAGCCGGGAUAUACAGCGUUCAUUGUUUUGUCUCACGCGGUUGUCAUGGUGGAUACAGUGCUCCAACAGCAGCGGACCCGGACGCGAACAACUACGCUGUUCAAAUGGGAAGACGUGAUUGAAUUCAAAAAGGACACGAUCGACGUCAUUUUCUCCGGUACCGAGGAUAUCGUACAUGAAAACAACCAAAUCACGCGACACGCCGGUAUCAUCUUGGUAGCCCGCCGCGCGGGCGUGAUCCGAAUCGAGAGAUUUGAAGACGAGUCGUCGUACACUGUUGUUGCGUCCAGCGUUGAUGUUAUCAAGAGUAAACUCGAACAGGCCGUGUACUACGGAUUCAAGGAGGAGAAUCCGGUGGAUUUCGGUCGAGGCCGCGAGGUCGGCUAUGAGGUCGGCGAUGUCGAGCAGGCUUUGACCGAAGUGAGUGACGAGAUUAUCAGUUCAAGCUCUGUGUACUCUACAGAGUACCCCGACACCACCGAGUGCCUCUCACUCCGGACUGAGGCUCUCGGCCGCUUAGCCGAGCAUCUACAAUACGUCUUCCCGUCUCUAUCUACCGAGUGCCGCAUAAAAACCCUGACGAAGCUCGAAAAGAGCGAAGCCGCUCGCAACGUCUGGGUGGCGUGGACGUCGAUGCCCGGACGUACGCGGAUGCUGUCGGAAGUGAUUACAGACCUAUCCAAGCAGGAAAACUACGACGAGCAGUGGUUCCGUGUCGAGAGCAUGAAGAUCGGGGAUCUUGCGGUCGCGUUCUCGACCAAGAGUCUUGUACGCGCGCAGACGGCGUCGGGCCACCGUGGGCAGAUGCUGAAGCACGUUAUCGAGAGCAACGAGAUGCUGCUGACUGUUCUCGCAAAGUCCGCCUACCGCGUGCGCGAGGCGUUUGAGCAGCAGCUAUUCCAUCUCGAACAGUACCCGCCCAGCACGACCGAGCCGUGGACGUCGACAUGGGAGAUCCUGACGGCGCUGGGAAAGCAGUACGAUGUGUCGCGCGCGCUCGCGUCGCAGCUGUGGGAGUUGUCGGAAGACCAGCUGAGCGAGUUUUCGGGCGAGCUGAAGCAGCUUUUGGAUCAGCUGGUCGCGCUGGUGAAGUGUCUUUGCGAAUCGUACGAGGAGCGGAUAGCGUACUGCAGCAGCUUACCGGAUUCGCGCGAUCAGUACGAGAAACUGACGGCGCUGUACCUCGAGCAGCGCGGGACGUGGAUUAAGCCGUUGAUGGGGUUCGGCUACAACGCGCAGGCGUACAGUAUCGCGGAGACGUACCGGGAUUUCCGCACCCUGGCGGAGAUGUGUCGGGAGGAGAAGAGUGAGCUGGAGAAGCUUGGCAAGGAGACGGCGGACAGGCAGGAGCUGCUUGCGCUGAGGCUGAACAGGUAUUUUGAGACGUACGGGUACGAUUUCGCAUCGGUUGUUUACCAGUAUUAUAUUGAUACUGGGCAUAUUUCGGAGCUGUUUGUGGCGUUUCCGGGGUAUAAGACGUACCUUGAGCGGUUUCUGAGCUCGGGGGAGUACGACCGGAUGGCGUGGAUCCACGAUAUCCAGCAGGCGGACUUUGAGAGCGCGGGAGAUAAGUUGCUGAAGGUGUCGAAUGAUAGAGAGGAGCCGCUGGCGAAUCGGGUGGUUCAGGCCAGUAUUGCGAAGUUGUGCGCGAUACAGACGCAGAUUAGUGGGGGAGAGGUGCGGGAGAAGUUACAGGAGAUUGAGGAUACGCUGGAGGAGAUUAAGGAGAAGCAGGUGGAGGAGGAUGAGAAGUACGAGCAGGGGGGUGAGGCUAUGGAGGAGUAGAUGCGUAGAGUGAUGAUCUACUACGACUGUUAAACUUAUGUACAAUACAAUGUCAGAUUAACAACAAAAAAUUA